AAAGAAAAGGAGGAAGACAGAAACAAGGAGAAUAAGCCCCAGAGUCCGGAUCAGCCCGCUGACCCCGUGAUGCCGGCUGACCUCUUUCCCAAGCCUGUGUCGGAGCAACAGCUGGAGGAAGCCUGGAAGGAAUCACUGAAAAAUCUGUUCGGGUCGAGUCAGAUCUUUGAACCGGAAAAGUGCCUGGAUCAGAGUUCCUUCAUAAAGUCCACCGUCAUCCAUGACCAGGCCACGACAUAUUACGAGAAGGGUUUGGAGAUGUAUUCCAGCAGAAAGUUGGACAAAGCGGUGACUCUGUUCAGCAAAGCGAUCAGCCUGCAGCCGGAGAGGGUGGAACUGUACGUGAGUCUGGCUGAUGCCUAUCUGCAGUUCUGUGACUUCCAGUCAGCCAUCAUGAACUACAGGCGAGCAUAUACCCUGAACCCCGGGAAUGAAGAGUUACAGCUACAAGUCGGCUUCACCACCUACAUCCAAGGCCAGUGCCUGUUUGAAAUGCAGAUGUACAGUGAAGCUUUAGGAGCUUUCACAGAAGCGUCGGAGUUGUGUCCAGAAAACCAAGGAUACCAAGUGAGAAGGAUUGUCUGCCUGGCUGCGCUGGGGAGAUUCAAGGAGGCCCUGCAGGUGGCGAACAAGUUGGUCAUGGUCCAGAAGAAUAACCCAGAGCUCUACAUCCUGAGGGCCAGGAUACACGAUCACUUUGGCAACGUGACCCUCUGUAACAGCGAUAUCACCGCGGCCUUGGCGAUGGAUCCCACCUGUCUAGGGGCACUUUCCCUCAAGUCCAGACUGGGGGAACGGGCUGAAGAGGCCAAGGCACAGGCAGUGAACAGCGCUCUGAGAGGUCAAAUGAAAGAGGCAAUGCAGAAGAUCAACAAGGCUUUAGAAAAUAACCCCAAUGAAGCCAACUACUAUAUCCUCAGAGGAACCCUGUACAGGAAACUCAAGGAAUUCAACGCGGCCAUCGACGACUAUCUCUUCGCCCUGGACAAGGUCAACUACAACGACCAGAGCCAAAUCUUCGGGGAGGCUCAGGGGCAGCUGCUGCUCACCUACAAUGACUUUGCCGUGUACUGCUACCAAAGAGGGUUUUAUGAAGAGGCCAUCCUCCUCCUGAACCAGGCCAUCAGGGGAGAGAAGCAACAGAAAGGCCUGUACAUUAACCGGGGAGAUUGUUUCUUCAAGAAAGAGAACCUGGAGUACGCCUUGCUGGACUAUGAGCAGGCUCUGGACCUGGAUAACAAGGACCACAACAUAAAGGACAGGAUCGCCAUUGUGCGUGACGAACUCGGACUUCGGGACUAUAAGCUCAGGAAGUACCUCGAUGCGGAGAAGAACUUCACCAUCGCCAUCCAGAACAGCCCCCGGGCGGCGAUGUAUUACCUUCACAGAGCCAAAGCCCAGCGCUUCAUGGAGCACCUACAGCAAUCACAGGAGGAUGUGGUCACAGCGCUCUUACUGGAUUCACAGCACAAAGAGGUCAUGCCUCUGGUAACUCAACUCUUCCCUGGGAAAUCUGUGGACGAGAUUCUAGCGAGUGAACUGGGAGAACAUUCCAGAGCAAUCCUAAAGACCAUUCCUCAGCUCUGCGAACCCUACUGCCCACCCACAGCUCAGAAAAGUCCAUCAGUGAUGACCAUGAAAAGCCAAGAACAGCUCAGCCCCAUCAUGAACACUGACCAAGCGGCUGAUAGAGAGACGCGCACACACACACUCUCGGAGACUGGAGAUCGCUAUUUACAAGCUUUACGCGAACAAGAGCAUAACGAACAGAUCAUCAUGAGCCGGAGGAAGCUGAAUUUGGAAGUGAAGAACACUCUCCGUGAGAGGAUCCCAUUGAGCUCCGAGGUGCCGAGGAUCCCCCGACAUCUCGCUCUCUGGUCCCAAAGAUCCCGGCCCCGUCAGCCGGGCAGACGCUACGACUGGAAGAAACGCCGCGCAGCUUUGCUGAAGCCGCUGAAAUGA